CUUGGGGGUAUAGCAAUUUGUGACAAUUGCCUCUCAAAACAUGUUUGGAUCAAAGCAAAUCCACCUUGGCUUCAUUGCAUUCACACUGUUUCUUCUGUGCUGGGAUGCAUCACCCAUUAGAGCUUCCAAAUUUUCCAAUGAGGAAGAUCCCAUAGAAUUUGUAUACACUGAAGGGGACAAGAGAGGACCAGAAUAUUGGGGAGACCUUAAGGAAGAAUGGAGCACAUGUAAGGAUGGAAAACUACAAUCACCUAUAGAUUUGAGGGAUGCCAUUGCAGACAAAGUUAACUCAACUUUGGAUCAUCUUAAAAUCCAUUACAAGCCUACCCAAGCCUUGAUGAAGAACGAAGGUCAUGCUAUUUCGGUUGUGUGGGAGGGUGAUGCCGGAGGAGUCACGAUCAACGGCACAGAAUACUUGCUCCGGCAAUGCCAUUGGCACGCGCCCUCCGAGCACACCAUCGAUGGCAAAACCUAUGAUGUGGAACUGCACAUGGUUCACAAAGACACGAGCAACACUCGUGUAGCUGUGGUUGGAUUCCUCUACAAAAUCGGCAAACCCAAUCCUUUCAUCACACAGGUGAGAAAGGCGAUACGGUCUAUGAUUAAAAAGCCAACGGAGGUCCACUUGGGAGUGGUCGAUCCGAGGAAGAUGAAAAAGGCUCAGAAGGGGAAGCAGGAUGCGGCAAAGAGGAAGAUGAAGAGGAUGAGCUCAAAAUUUUACAGAUACAUGGGAUCGUUCACAACCCCUCCUUGCACCGAAGGAGUUACUUGGACCAUAAACAAACAGGUUCAUACAGUUUCACGAUCACAGGUGGCGUUGCUUCAAAAAGCCGUUUACAAGUAUGCAGAGAUGAAUUCAAGACCAGUACAACCUCUAAAUGACCGGGAGGUCAAGCUCCACGGCUCAUCGUUCAGCAAGUGAGACAUUCAUAACUAACAUCUUGGCAAAUUUUAUAUGUACUACAGAAACUGUGUGUUCAAGUCUAUCUCAGAAGGUCUACGUUUGCUUUCAGUUUCUCUCUUCAAUAAAUCUAUAUGUACUUCAGAAGUUGCAUACCUAUUUGUAACUGUAUUA